AUGUUAAACAAGAAAAAUUUUAUUGUUGAAAACUGCCAACAAUUUCCUGAUUUGAACAACGUUUUGAAUAGUUCACAUCCAUCGUUCACAUUGAGCAGUUCGAAAAUGAUUUUUGAAUAUACAAUUUUAAGUUUGGUUAAUCUCAAAGCAAUGGCACAAAUCCUUCAAUGUUCAUAUUCAGCAGCUUUAACAUUUCAAUAUUCCUGCGACUUAUAUUUGUUUAUACUUACGAACUACAUUAAUACAAAUGAUAUCAAUGGGUCGCACGUAAAUGUAUUAAGUGACAUAUCAGAUACAGAUUUUAAACAUUGUGAAAAUCUUGAAUUUUUGGACUUGACGAAUACGAAAAUUUUUAGUUUACCUGAAAAUUGGCUUCUUUCGAAUCCAAAAUUGAGUAUUUUUACAAUUGCAAGUGUAUUAAAUGGAAACAUACCUGAAAAAUUAUUUACAUCACAAGCUGCAAAUUUAGAGUUUUUAACCAUCGUCUUCAAUCGAAAGAAGCUCCGAGAAUAUAUUCUUCAAGCAGCAGGAGAAGAUUUCACAGAGAAUGACAUAGAGGAUAUCCAAGAACCAUUAAAAGGAAUCUACAAAGAGAUUGCAAAUGAGACUAAAGGCAAGUUAGUAUCAAUAAUGUUCGACUCUGCAUCAAGACAUGGAAGACACGUCUUUGCAGUGAGUCUGCGCUACGCAAAGGGAGACAAAGUAGUUGAGCGUACCAUAGGAGUCAUCACUCAACAUCAACGACAAACAGGAGCGAACCUCUUUAACCAAGUUGAGCUACUAAUCAGGAAAGUUGGUUUGACGAUCAACGACAUAUACUCAACAUGCACCGACCAAGGAGCUAAUAUGCUCAGAGCAGCUGAUUUGGCAAUACAGGCGCAAGAUGCUAUCAGAAUAUGCCGAGCAAUAGCAAACCUUGAGCAUGAAGAAGAAAUAAACAUCGACGGAGCACAAGCAGCAGAGCGAGCAGAAGAAAUGUGGAACAUAUGCUUCGUGUAGAGGCAGAACUCGAUCGUGAGUGGGAUGAACAACAACAACAUCUGCAUGAUGAACAGGAACAUGAAGAUCCAGAGCCAUUAGUUACAGAAGUCAUGGUAGACGAAGGAGCUCUGUGUUCAAAAAUGGUUUGUGGUGCGCACACAUGUCAACUCGCAGUAACAGACGUCAUCAUCGAUUUUAGGAUGGUCAUAGCAGAAAUACGAGCUCUUGUGAAGGCAUCAAAGAGACUUGAGUUCUCUCAAGUUCUUCAUGCUGCAAGAAUCAGAAGCCUGCGCUUGGACGUCGAAACAAGAUGGGACAGUUUGUAUGGGAUGAUUAGCGACGUCAAUGAAUUCAGAAAUCAGCUCCAGGAAGUUGCGUUUACACACGAAAUACUUGCUCUCAAUGAAGACGCCUGGGAAUUCAUCG